GAGAGGGGGCCCCUGGUGGCGGCAGGCGGCAGAGUAGCCUGGCCUUUCCCGGCCGGGGGCUGGGAAGGGGAGGGCCUCCAAGCGAGGCCGACUCCCUGCCGCGGAGGCUUCUGGGUCUUUCCUUCCUCCUCGGCGUCGACGGUCGGCACGAUGGGCAAGUGUCGUGGGCUUCGUACAGCCAGGAAGCUGCGCAGUCACCGACGUGACCAGAAAUGGCAUGACAAACAAUACAAGAAGGCCCAUUUGGGUACUGCUCUGAAGGCCAACCCUUUUGGAGGAGCUUCCCAUGCCAAAGGCAUUGUCCUGGAAAAAGUUGGCGUAGAAGCUAAGCAGCCAAAUUCUGCCAUCAGAAAGUGUGUUCGAGUCCAGCUGAUCAAGAAUGGCAAGAAAAUAACAGCUUUUGUUCCUAAUGAUGGUUGUUUGAAUUUUAUUGAGGAGAAUGAUGAGGUCCUGGUUGCUGGUUUUGGUCGAAAAGGUCAUGCUGUCGGUGACAUUCCUGGAGUUCGUUUCAAGGUUGUUAAAGUAGCAAACGUUUCUCUGUUAGCCUUGUACAAAGGCAAAAAGGAGAGACCCAGAUCAUAAAGUCAUGUUUUGUUAUCAAGAUGAUCAAUAAACUUUUCUCCUAAGAAA